UUAAGACAUGAUGAAUACGUGUAAAUAAAUAUGUAAUUCAAAAAACACCAUAAAUGGCAAUGUAAAAUUUCAGAAUCAUCGUACACAAUGAAUUUACUCAGCUCUCAUCGAUAACAACGUUCACGAUAAAAAAAAUUACACCCAGCUGAAUUUAAUUUUCGGGUACAUUACAUAUAUGUACUACUCGUACAUAUGUACUUGGUUUUUGACACACGUAUAUCUACGCACUCAAGUAUUGUUAAAAUAUUCACGUCGAACUAGUCGUCAAUUAUUGUGAAAUAAAUCAGUAAUACUUAUUUUAUUAAAAAUGCAAUAAGUCGCAAUCGACGAAUUUUAAAUUAUAAAAUUGGAGAAGCUGAUUUUUGAAUUCACGAGUAACUAUACAUAAUUGAAAAUCGUUCGCAAUGCUUAUUUUCAAGGAAAUACUCCAUCAAACACUGGCUGUGACUCCAGUGAAUUUCAACGAAUUCUCACAGGGUAUUGGGUACGGUUGGAUUUCACCAACGUUGGAAACACUGAGCCAUCCAGACAGCGUGAUCCCUCUGAACACCGAACAAAAAUCAUGGAUCGCUUCGUUGCAAGAAAUAGGUCGAACUGUAGGUCCCCUUCUGUCACUCCUUUUGCUGGACACGAUCGGUCGCAAGAAAUCAUUGAUCAUCAGUGCCGGUGCAUUCUUCUUACAAUGGACGAUCAUCCUAUUCACCAAAUCAGUUUGGGUAAUAGGCGCAAUACGACUCCUUUUCGGCAUCGACGUUGGAAUAAAUGACGUCACAUCGUCGAUUUAUUUUGGUGAAAAUGCCACUCCCAGCAUUCGAGGCAUAUUUGGCAGCGUUGCGGUGUCAUUUUUCUAUGUAGGAGUCCUGCUGGAAUACUUUUUCACUAAUUACUUUUCGUAUUACACGGUAGCUUUGAUAAACGCCAUUCUCGGUGGGAUUGCUCUAAUCACAGCUGUUUUGCUACGAGAAUCUCCUCAAUUUCUAAUUAUGAAAGGAAAACUCGACCAAGCCAAGAAAAAUUUCGAGUAUUUGAAAGGUGACAGAAACGACGAACACGUUCAGCGAGAAUUUUCCGAUAUCAAAAAAAACAUUCGUCAAGAACAACAGCGCAAAGAAUCGCUAGCGAAGUUAUUCUCGACACCGUUCAUUUAUAAAAUCACUUUAAUCGUUUUUAUCCAAUACACUCUAACUCAAGCGACAGGAUUUUCCGCUGUUCAAUCAUUUGCCACGCUUUCUUUCUCAAAUUCUGGUUUUUUCACCAAAAAAGAAUUGACUAUUUUGCUCGGUUUGGUUCAACUUGUAGCUGUAUUUUCGUCAGCAUUUUUUGUAGAACGAUUUCCUCGUAAAACCAUGUUGAGAACGUUCUACGGAUUGGCAGCUUUGGUGCAUUUAUGCAGCGCGGCGUUAUUCUACACCCAGCAGUACAUCUGCCAGGUACCACAUUUCUCCACUUAUAUAUUCAUAAGCAUCGCUUCGUAUUCGACCAUCUACGCUGUUGGAAUAUUACCGAGCUUUUGCCUGCUACGAGGCGAACUGUUUCCACAAAGUAUUAAGGUAAUAGGAGGAUGUAUAUCUAUCAUUGGCAACUCUGUCAUGGGUAUAUUUAUUAAUUAUAUGUACUUGAUCGUCGCCGAGAAAUAUGGCAUAUACAUGAAUUACGUAUUUUUUUCCGUUUGCAGUUUUGCAACAGUAUUGUUUGUACGUUUUAAAAUUCCGGAAACUAGAGGCAAAACUUUGGUAGACAUUCAAAGAUCCAUUGAUAAAAAAUCAAUCAAGAUUAAGGAUGAUCGAAACCCUGAAACGAUUUAAGGGUUGAAAUUAUAAAUUUUUUCGAACUCAGUAGGUUUCAUAAAAACAUCCAAAAUAUACUUUCGAUAACUUUCUCCCCUUCAAGUUCUUAAUAGACUACCUACCACGAUUUUCGCCAAGUUGAGUCAAAUUAUACGCAGAUAAAUUUUUGAAAUUCGAGUUUGAGUAAAAAUUCUUGGAUAGUUUCCAGGGGUGAAGUUUUGAAUCUCAUCAAAAUCGGUUCAGCCGUUCCUGAGAAAUUAAUUUUUUCAUUUAAUGAUUUUUUCAUAUGCCAUUUUACCACAUGGAAUUUAUCGGUUUUCGUAGCAUUUCGAAAUUCGAAUAUACGCGGAUGGAUUUUCGAAAUUCUAGUUCGAACAAAAAUUCAAGGAUGAAUCAUUCAUGAACGAAUUGAUGAAUUUUUUGAAAUAACUAUUCGACAACGGCAACGAAUUUUAAUCAAUUCUUCAAUUUAUGAAUCAAUUCGUUCACGAAUGAGUCACUUAUACGAAUGGAUUCGUUCGCGAACGAAUCACUAAUACAAAUCGAUUCGUUCGCGAACGAAUCACUUAUACAAAUCAAUUUGUUCUCGAAUGAUUCACUUGUACAAAUCAAUUCGUUCGCGAAUGAUUCACUUGUACAAAUCAAUUCGUUCGCGAACGAUUCACUUGUACAAAUCAAUUCGUUCGCGAACGAUUCACUUGUACAAAUCAAUUCGUUCGCGAAUGAUUCACUUGUACAAAUCAAUUCGUUCGCGAAAGAUUCACAAAAAAGAAUUCAAUCCGUUCGUGAAUGAUUUACCAAAAAGCAAAAAACAAAAAUUGAGCAAAUGAAUCAAUUCGUUCGCAAAUGAGUCACUAAUACUAAUCGAUUCGCUAGCGAAUGAAUCACUAAUACGAAUCAAUUAGUUCGCGAAUGAUUCAUCAAAAAUUGAGUAAAUGAAUCGAUUCGUUCGCAAACGAGUCACUCAUACCAAUCAAUUCGUUCGCGAACGAGUCACUUACACGAAUCGAUUCGUUCGCGAACGAGUCACUUGUACGAAUCUAUUCGUUCGCGAACGAGUCACUUGAACGAAUCUAUUCGUUCGCGAACGAGUCACUUGUACGAAUCGAUUUGUUCUCGAACGAGUCACUUAUACGAAUCAAUUCGUUCGCGAAUGAUUUAGUAACCAUUGAUCAACUCGUUCGCGAAUGAUUCACCUACAAAUCAAUCGAAUGAUUCACCAAGAAAUCAAUCAAUUUAUUUACCUACUUAAUCGCAAAUUGUUCGUAAAUGAUUCGAUUCGAUUGUAAAGAGAUCAAUUGCUGUAAUAAUGUUUCAAAAAAGUGAAUCAGUUCGUUCGUAAAAAUUUUCAUUUAAAGAAAAGUCGCUCUUCUUUAGCGUGAGAUAAAAUUCAUCUUUUGAGAAUUCUUUUUUCCUCAAAAGUAGUCGUGUUUUUUUGAAGGAAAAAACGAAAAAAUUUCAAAAAUCGUACCAAGGUUUAUUAAAAAUGCUAAAAAAACGAAGAAAAUUGCUUUAAAAUACGAAAAUAUGCGCUAAAAAUGUUGAAUUUAUGACCUAAAUAUACAAAAUAUGCAAGAACAAAUUCGGCUUAAUCAACUCUAAAUCGUAUGAAUCGCAAACAUUAAAGUGAUAUGCGCAAUCAUCUUUGCAGUAUAAAAAUUUGCAAUUUCAUAAAAAUCCGUUCUCUAAUAAUUAUGAAUCAAUUGGAUUCAAACAUUACCUAAUGAAGCUCGUGUGGAGAACUAUGAUUCCCUGCAUACCUACUCGCCUAGUAAAGCAAAAAUAUUAGUGAAAAAAAACAAGAGUAAAAAAAAAGCAUAAAAAUUCUGAUUACUGAUACGAGUAAACACAUUUCUGUAAUAAGCGAAACGAAUUAAUCGAUGAUACGUGAAUGACGAUUUUUGAGAAUGUAUCAAUUUAAAUAGGUACUGGCAGGAUUCGAAGCAUUACAUACAUACAACAGUUCAAAUCAUUAGGUAUCGUUUAUAGUUUCGAGUUUGAUUGGAAAUGUGCAGUUUUUCGAGAAAAUACUUAAUAAUUUAUGCAAAAACGUACAUUAACCUUAAACCACUCUACACCAACCUGUAAUCUACCUCUUUAUAUCAGAAAAACACUGAAAACGUCAACAUUUUCAAAUCUAUAGCAAUUAGAAAGUAAAAAUUAUUGGCUAUGCACUUUUUGCAUGUUUAUUUAUGCCUGAUUUGUUGAAAAAAUAAAUUUAAAAAAAAUCAAGAUAAGAGCGAUUUAUUUUGGAAACACUUCCGUUAUUCCUUUUCGGCUUUCAAAAAUGAGAUCGACACAAUGUAGAAGUAAGCUAACUUUUAUAAUUUAUUAAUGUACAACACACGUAGGUAGCAGGUACGUAAGUUGUAUCUAAUUUCGAAAAAAUAUACUUAUUUUUACAUCGA